GUGGAGAGCAGUUCGGGGGCUCCUGCAACUUUGAACUCCGUGCCGUUUGGAAAGACUUUCUGCGAGGAAAUUAAGUUAGAAGAAUGGAUUUUACGGUACUGGUACUCCGCUUUUGUUCCCUAUUUGGAAUUCUGUUUGCUGGUUUGGCCCAUGGGCUGGAGAUCACCUCUGGGGGGUCCACGUCCAUAGAAAAAGCCAGCAUGGAGAGCGUGAAGCUGGACUGCCAGUUCACCCUGGCACCCGAGGACUCUGGGCCCCUGGACAUCGAGUGGAGCCUGCUGGCCUCAGACAACCAGAAAGAGGACAAAGUGAUAAUCCUGUACUCUGGGGACCGGGCUUAUGAGGACUAUUACCCCCCAAUGAAGGGCCGGGUGCACUUCAACUCGGCCGACCCCAAGAACGGCGACGCCUCCAUCAACCUGACAGGGCUGAAGUCGUCGGACACGGGGACGUACCAGUGCAAAGUGAAGAAGGCCCCCGGCAUCCGCAGCAGGAAGUUGCUGCUGACUGUUAUGGUGCGGCCAUCGAAGCCCCGGUGUUACGUUGACGGUGUGUCCCAGGAGGGGAAGGACGUGAUUCUGAAGUGCGUUUCCUCCGAGGGGACCAACCCGCUGCAGUACACCUGGGAGAAGACCAGCGACACCAAGCUGCUGCCGGCCAGCGCCGUGCUGGACCCUACUUCAGGCACCAUGAAUGUGAAGAACGCCUCGGCCGGCGCCUCUGGCACCUACCGCUGCACAGUGAAGAACCGGGUCGGCACGGAGGAGUGCAUCAUGGACCUGCGCGUCGUGCCCCCUCCUAACACAGCUGGAAUCAUCGCUGGCGCAGUGAUCGGCGUCCUGCUGGCCCUCAUCCUCAUCGCCAUCAUCCUCUUCUGCUGCUGCCGCGCCCGCAACAGGAAGAAGUACGAGAAGGAGACUUCCUACGAGAUCAGAGAGGACGUCCCCCCUCCAAAGAGCCGCGUGUCGACAGCGCGGAGCUUCACUAGUGUGGGCAGCCAGCGCUCGUCCCUGGGCUCCAUGUCCCCCUCCAACCUGCACGAGUACGCCCUCAAGCCCCAGUACGACAAGAUCCCCUCCGAGGAGUACGAGCGGCCGCCCAGCCACGCCCCCCCACCGCCGGGCAAGAUGGCGGGGCCCAACCUGAGCCGCAUGGGAGCCAUCCCGGUCAUGAUCCCCGCCCAGAACAGGGACGGCUCCAUUGUGUAGCAGCCCCGUCCUGGCUGGGGAGAGGCGGUGCCAUGGCUGCUGGGGGUAGGGGGGGAGGGGGAGGGGCCCCCAGAUAAGGGAGCACACACAGCACUGUACAUCCUCACUGCGUGCUACAGUGAUGGCAUGCAGCAACACAACAAACAGCAACAAAGAAAAACCUCCACAUGAAUUUUACUUCCAGACAAAGACAGAAAUGAAGUUUCAAAGAAAAAAAAGAGAAAACCUUUUUAAAGUGAUGGCUUAUUCUGUUGAUCUUUUUGUAUAUGGUAGAGUGCAUGAUGGAUUUUUAAACUUAGCUGGCCCUGUCCAUAGAUUGGUGACGGGUCAUUUGCCCAUGAAAUGUUUUUAAGUUGUAUUGUACAUAAGUGCGUACCCAGCUGUGGGUACAUACAGAAGCAAGUGAUCUUCUGUUUUCGUAUUCUUUACCUUUAUUUCAGUGGAAAUUUCCCAAAAUAUGAUUUGUUUGCUCUGGCUUGCUCUUGUAAAUCAUGGUUUAGAUCAGUGUUAAAAACAAAACCUAGGAUGUCUAUUAAUAUCAGCUUCACUGUUUAACGAGAGCUGUCUGGUGAAUCAUGUCUUUGUACAGAGGAAAAUGGAAAAAUAAGAUGACAUUUUAAAGAAAAGUGCUCAAUGACUUAUUUAUCAGACUUCAUUCCUGUGUCGCCUGUCGCCAUAACAAGGUUCUUUGCUCUUUUUGCUGAUACUCCACUUUAGUUCAAGAUGCUAAAAUCGGCCGUUGUUGCAUCCCAUUCGCGAGUUAUGUCUCCAGGACUGCAAAGCAGUUGACGCAGACAUGCGUUUUCAUACCCAUGAAGGUUACGUGCUCAAUACCAAGCAGUCACUGGUGGGGGAGGGGUCUGAGUGUUCACGACUUGUGAUUGGUGGAUUGUUUGGUCUCUGUGCCUUGCUCCUUUGUGCUGGGUGGGGGAAGGCAGGGGAAGUUUUUGGAAUGAUCGUAAACCAAUGGCUCGCUUGAUACCCUGUCCCCUUCAGCUCAGCUUAACCCCUCUCACGGUGCACAGAAGGCCACACUGGAACAGACUCCAGAUGUCUUCUGGAACUACUUUUUUCAUAUAAUUUUAUUUCAGUCCCACGUUUUUUGCAUAAAUCAGUCCUGAUGAUAAGAUUGCUUUUUUGAUGGAAACAUGUUAUCAACUUUAUCUCACCUCAGAAUGGAAUUUCAUCUGGAAACCAGUUUUGAGGCAGAACGUGAUUGUCUCUCUUGAGGGUUAAUAUGAAGUGGUUGGUGGUUUGCACCAUCAUUUGAGUUUUUAAUGAAGGAUUUUUAGUUGUGAGUGUAUUUUAGAUGUAUCUGAAUAGAGAGCAUUGUAUGGGCGUUUUGUAAAUAGGAGUGCAACUGUGAAGUGAAAUAUGGGAACAGGCUGACUCACCCACCCCUGGUGAGUCCUGUUACAGUCAUGAAUGGCAGAGGCUUGCUGACUCUAAUGCUGACCAGUCAGCAGUCAGACCCAAAUGGGGGCCAGCUUUCUCUUACAAUCCCACCUGCGGUUCCAUUGUAUCUCAUUAGUGACAGGGCAGUGUUGAGGUGACCGUGAUAAGGGUGGCCCAUCCGGUGCGCUAAAGGGCCCCCGGUGACACCGCUGCCUGUGCCUUGGCCUUUGGCUUUUGUGGAGAGGUGUCAUACCCAGCAGCACUCUGGACCCCAGUUAUAUCAAAUCACAUCUCACACCACAGGGGUCUAUGAAGGACCACGCCCAAUAAUUUGGAGGAGGUGAUUGUUUGGUCGCCCC